CGGUAGAGUUAACUGAUGUCUGGUAAGACCGCAGGAGGUGUCUGGAGGUCAUAGUACAGUUUAGACCCUGGAUGAGGCUGCAUUCGGCUAUUUUACCCUUUUGACUUAAGCGGCCUCUUCCGAGGAAACGGCUCCUAAAAAUAAGGGAUCACAGGGACCGGCCGCGAGCACGCAAUCUUGACUACAGUACUCGUACACUUAUCUUUAACAGAUGCCACACCUGCUCCAGACCGCCAUUCACUAGAGUUCAUUCUGCGGAAGGUUGACAGAUCAUUGGACCAAUUUGAGCGCGACAUACCCCCACGAAGUACUCACGCUACAAUCUGAUUUGUUUGCGAUCCUCAUCAGGAGGCCACUUCUCACAGGCGUCUCGAUUACAUGUGGCCCCCCUUCUACGAGAGCCAGUGACACCCUCCUGAAAACACCGCAUGGAUGACCACCACCGCCGCCUCCGAUAGCAGCGAUUCCACGGCGGGCGACCACCUCAUCUACACUCCCUCCGGCACCGAGUCGCCUCUGCCUUUUGUCUCCAAAACCCUCAACCCUCACUCGCACCCAUCCACCGCGCGUCCUCCGAGCCCCGUACGUCUAAAGUCUUUACCGUCUGCAAUCAAACACGAAUUCCGAGCCGAACACCAGGGAGAAUUUCACUUUGACACGAAUGUCGAGGAGGAGGACGAAGAAGACGAAGACGAAGACGACAUGUCUGUAAAACCCUCGAUGCACCGGCCUACGGGCCCGCACUCCCAUGUCCCCCUUCUAGCAGAGGACAAACUAGAAAGCAGAGGACGACCAGACGGUCCCAGUCCACGAGGCUCGCAAAGAUUACGCACCACACAAUCCUUCGCGUCCCACCGAAGUACAUUCCGCUCCAGAUCCCCUUCGUAUGCGCAGCCCGAGGAUGUAGUCCGGCGGAAAUAUAUGUACGCCUCGUUCUUCCUUGUCUUGAGUCUGGUAUCAUUUGUCGUCCAGACCGAGACGGCAGUAUAUAUCCAGCAUGACCUCGGAUGGGACAAAGCAUAUUGCAUGAUGUACCUGACACAUGGGUCGUGGAUAUUUCUGUGGCCCAUACAACUCGCCAUUAUACGCAUACAAAAACGCAAAUUGAGUUGGGCGGCGUUUUGGCGGCGGCAUGUCCAACUGGUCACGACAACAGCACAAAUGGUCGAGAGUCAUGAUCUUGGAGCCGCAGCGGGAACCAGAUCAGUCAGUCCGUGGUCUUAUAUGAUCAAGACCACGGCGUUUAUUACUACAUUUCUCACAAUGGCCGGUGGGUCGUGGUACGUCGCUGUCAAUUUGACCAGUCCCUCAGAUCUGACCGCGAUAUACAACUGUUCCGCGUUCUUCGCGUAUGUAUUCAGCAUUAUGCUGUUGCACGACAAACUGAGGUUCGACAAGGCGUUGAGUGUCGGUCUAGCGAUUGUCGGUGUGUUGGUCGUCGCGUAUGGAGAUAAAGAGGAGGCUGUACCGGGUAAGGAGAAGGGUCCUGGGUCGAAACUUUUGGGCAAUGUUGUCAUUGGGAUCGGGAGUGUGGCAUAUGGAUUCUACGAGGUUUUAUACAAGCGCUUCGCAUGUCCGCCUGAGGGGACGUCUCCUGGCAGGGGCAUGAUCUUUGCGAAUACCUUUGGGAGUAUGGUCGGGUUGUUCACGCUAUGUGUGCUUUGGAUACCAUUGCCCAUCUUGCACUUCACGGGCCUUGAGAAGUUUGAAUUUCCGACCGGAAGGGCAGCGGGACUGUUGGCCAUUUCCACACUGUCGAAUGCCGUGUUCUCGGGAUCAUUCCUGGUGCUUAUGAGUUUGACAAGUCCUGUGUUGAGUUCAGUGGCGGCUCUGUUGACGAUUUUCUUGGUCGCGAUUACCGACUGGAUCAUUACUGGGAAACCGCUGAGUGGCGCGGCGAUGGUGGGCGGCGCGUUGAUCGUCGUGGCGUUCGCGAUGUUGAGUUUUGCGACGUACAAGGAGAUGAAGGAGGAAGAGAGGGCUCGGGAGGAGGAUGAGAACAAGAUUUUUGAUGAUGAGGAUGAAGAUGAAGAUGAUGGCGAGGAGGAGAUGGAUGAGCUUGGACGGAGGGGGAGCUAGGAGUCAUCACCUCCUGUGACCCA